CCCACACGUGCACCAUCCUCCAGUGUGUGUGGUUCCCCUUAGAAGGAGCGCCUCCCUCAGCCCCGUCAGGAAGUAGCAGUGAGCAAGCCAGCGUCGCCCGAAGCAACAGGUGACACGGACAAGAUGUCUCUUCAGCGACAGGUCAUGGCCAAGAUGCACGGGAAGCGCGACCAGGAGCAGGAGAAGGAAGCCCUUGACUGGAUCUUCACCGUCCUUGGGGAACCUCGCCCUGAAGGAGACCUUGGCGACAUCCUGCGGGAUGGACAGGUGCUGUGUCGCCUCAUGAACAAGCUGGUUCCUGGAUCCGUUCCAAAGAUCAACACAUCCGGAAGCCAGUUUAAGAUGAUGGAAAACAUCAACAACUUCUCCCAGGCCAUGAGGAAGUAUGGUGUGCCCAUCGUCGACCUGUUCCAGACGUCUGACCUCUUCGAGAAGAAAGACCUGGCUGUGGUCACCAACUCCCUCUUCUCGCUGGGCCGCACGACCUACAGACACCCCGAAUGGCCUGGUCCUUGGCUUGGUCCUCGCCCAGCGGAGGAGCAGAAGAGGGAGUGGAGUGAGGAGCAGCUGCGGGCAGGACAAGGGAUCAUAGGACUCCAGGCUGGCUCGAACAAGGGAGCCACGCAGGCCGGGGACAACACGGGCGCUGCUCGACGUGUUAUUCUGGGGAAGUAGAAGUACGGGCCUUGGGUCGGGAGCGUUGGGACCCUUCAGGAGGGUAUGGAGGCUGGAGGAGGUAGCUAAUGUCAAGGAGAGUUGAUGGAAUUUGGGCGCUUAAGGGUUGGGAAAAUGUAGGUAGUCGGAGUCAAUGAUUCUUUUCUUGAUUUGCGAUAAUUUUUUACCAUUGUUAUUACUGAACCAUUUUCAAAGGAAAUAUACUGAAAAAUACACUUACUAUAAACAAGGUCAGCCAAUGAGAUUGUGCCGUGAGAUAUCUGAUAUAGCUAGAUACAUAAUUAUUUGUAUAAUUUUCUCAAUAUCAUAAUUAAAAAAUAAUACCAAAAAUUCUCCUCCUUAUUUGUGACAACGGCUAAAUGGAAGUGAUGCUACCUGCAUAUAUGUACCUUGGUCGGAAUAGAAAAAAGAAAGGUGGUGCUCUUUAAGGAAAUGAAACGAAACUGGGAGAUGGGUUGGUUGUUAUCCUUGGUUGAUAGAAGAAAAUAGAAGAGCUUAGAGAAUCUGGGCUUCAAUAAAAGGAGAAAAACGAUAGGCUGGUAUUCCUGAAGGAGGGGGAAUUUGUGCUCCGGCUGUUGAAAGAUGGUAGUUUAUACAUGUAUACACACACAUACACACACACACACACACACACACACA